AUGUGGAAAGCGAUAAAAGAAACCCUGCCACACUCAACAAACUCCGAUAUAAACGCCAUAUAUGACGACUGCAAAUUACGUGCUGGAAGCAUGACCAUUGCCACGAUUCUUAAUAAAUAUUUCACCUCUAUUGGCAAAAAGAUUCAGAAAGUUUUCACUAAUUUACCAACUAUCUGGCCUGACAACAUUAAGUACAAUUAUCCAUCUGAAUUUCAGCUUCUAAGUGUCACAAGUGACUAUGUUGAAUCUGAGUUGCUCAAGCUGAAAUCUAACAAAAGUGCUGGAUUAGACAAGAUUAGUGUAAGAAUGAUGAAGGAUGCGGCUGGUGUAAUUGCUCCCGUACUUACAAGAAUUAUCAACAAUUCUUUCCUUAAUGGAUGUUUUCCUAAGAGAUGGAAAUCCGCAAAGGUGUUUGCGUUAUUUAAAGAUGGAGAAAGGACAUCUAAAGAUAACUAUCGCCCUAUCUCAGUCCUCCCGGCCGUUAGUAAAGUUAUCGAAAGGAUUGCACAUGAUCAACUGGGUAGUUAUCUAAAGGAAAAUUCCAUCCUAACCUCGACGCAAUUUGGAUUUCGAGCAAAUCGUUCAACUGAAAUGGCCCUGACUAAUUUUACUGACGACAUACUCAAGCAUAUGGAUAAUAAACAAGUAACUGGUGUUGUUUAUCUAGACCUAAAAAAGGCUUUUGACACAGUAAACCAUCAAGUUCUAAUGAAAAAAUUAAAGAGUGUUGGGGUUCAAGGUCAAACACUGUGCUGGUUUCAAUCUUUCCUUUCAAACAGAUCUCAACAAACAAUCAUUGCAAAUUCACUAUAUGAAAGCUUAAAGAUCACUGUUGGAGUGCCGCAAGGCUCUAUACUUGGCCCAUUGUUGUUUAUAAUUUACAUUAAUGGUGUGCAAUCAUGCUUGGAAAACUGCCGUAUGGUGAUUUUUGCAGAUGACAUAGCAAUGUUUUGUCCGGCUUCAACAGCAGUAGAAUUACAAGCCAAACUGGACUUCGAUCUACAAGGUGUCAUGAAUUGGCUUCGGAACAACAAGUUGUUGCUAAACGUUCCCAAAUCAAAACUGAUGAUUAUCGGAAAUUCAAGAAAGUUGAAAGAGUUUGCAAACAUUCAGCUAAUCGCAAAUGAUGCACCAUUGGAAAGAGUCCAAAAUUUUAAGUACCUUGGUGUUGUUAUUGACGAGAAUCUUUCUUGGAAGAGUCACAUAGAAAAGCUACAGAUAAAAGUCUCACAACGCCUCGGCAUCCUGCGCAGAAUAAAGCACCUACUACCUAAGCAUGCACGGAUAAUAUUUGUCAAUACAAUGAUCACGUCAUUACUGGAUUAUGGUAGCCUGGUAUGGGGAGAUAAGAAAAACAAGAUUAUGAUGGAUAGUUUACAAGUAUUGCACAACAAGGCAGCAAAGUUGGUACUGGACAGACCAAUGCUUUCCUCUUCUAGUGAUGCCCUAAGAAUGUUACACUGGUCUACCCUGAAGCAAAGGCGAAGUAUACGUAAAUGCCUCUAUGUAUAUAAAUCAAUAAAUGGGAUAAAUGAUAUUGAUAACACAUUUAUCCGAAAUGCAGAUGUUCACGGUUACAAUACAAGACAUAAGAACGAUUUACGGCCAAUGAAAUCCAGUACUUGCAAAGGACUACUUAGAUCAAACUGUGAUUUCAUUGCGGACUGGAACCUUUUAGAUGAAAAUAUUAGAAAUUCGUCUUCUUUAUCUAAUUUUAAACGUGCUGUUUUUAAAUUUUUUAAAUCAAUAUAG